AUGGUAGAGAAAUUGAAUCCUCAAUUAUCAGCCGAUGGAGAAAUGGCUGUACCCGACGUUGAAAUCAUCACGUCGGGUGGGCUUCGCAUCCCAGCACACUCGCACAUUCUGGCUUCAGCAUCGCCGGUAUUGGAGGGUAUGAUAGAAAGGCCGCAAAAGCACCGGAGCUCCCAAGGGAAUAUUCCGGUACCCGGCGUUCCAUGCGACGCCGUUUCCGUGUUCAUCCAGUUUCUCUAUUCCUCCAAGUGCAGUGAGGAGCAGAUGGAGAAGUAUGGUAUCCACCUGCUGGCGUUGUCACACGUGUACUUGGUACCACAGCUAAAGCAGAGAUGUACAAGGGAGUUGGCAGGACGGUUGACUACUGAGAACGUGUUGGAUGUACUUCAACUUGCUAGACUUUGUGAUGCACCUGACCUUUACCUCAAGUGCAUGAAAAUGCUGUCUUGUAAUUUCAAGGCCGUUGAGCAGACUGAAGGAUGGAAGUUUUUGCAGAAUCAUGACCCUUGGCUUGAACUUGAAAUUCUGCAGUUCAUUGAUGAAGCUGAAAUGAGGAAAAAGAGGACGAGGAGGAAUAGAGAGGAGCAGAAGAUGUAUCUACAGCUAAGUGAAGCAAUGGAAUGUCUCGAGCACAUAUGUACUGAAGGGUGCACGAGCGUUGGACCGUAUGACAUAGAUCCGAGCAAGAACAAAGGCCCAUGUAGCAAGUUUUCAACGUGCCGCGGCCUCCAGCUUCUGAUCAAGCAUUUUGCAGCGUGUAAGAAGAGGGUCAAUGGGGGAUGUUUGCGGUGUAAAAGAAUGUGGCAGCUAUUUCAAUUGCACUCCUCAAUUUGUGAUAAGCCUGAGGAAUGCAGGGUUCCUCUCUGCAGACAAUUCAAAUUGAAGGUGCAGCAAAACAAACGAGGAGAUGACGCAAGGUGGAGAUUGCUUGUGAGAAAGGUGAUCUCAGCUAAAACUAUAUCGUCAUUGUCUCUGCCCAAGAGGAAGAGAGAAGAGAGACCUCGGAUUGCCCAAAUGAAAAUCUACCUAGAAUAUAUGGAUACUUGUCCAAAGUAG